UCUGGCGUAGUUGAUCUGCGGGAACUCCAUUCCACCGUACUCAUGGAGGUCAUCUCCAUGGAGAUCCUCGUGCUGGCAGAACACCUAUUGAAAAAGAGGAUGAACUACCACCUAAGACAACCAGCAGCCAGGGAGCUGUCCAUAUGGGCUCUGUGUCUCUAUCCAGAUAAUCUUUGUUGGAGGAUUAAGACCGUAGCAGGAAGACAUUCAACACGACCUGCAUUUGUCCAAAGAGGGUCCUUUAACCUUUCAGGACAAAUCUCCACUGCCGAUCAUAAUGUCUUUAUUGGAUUUUCUUGGGCAGGGGAAGCUGUUGGGGGUCGGAGCUCUGCUGGUGUGGCUCGUCCUCUUCCACCUUCUUGUUAAUGUUUGGCUCCUUUGCGUCUUCACCAGUCUCCUGGUGGUUCUCGGAGGCUGGCUUGGGUCACGGGCUCUGCUGGAUGCCAACAGCGUUCUCCACCUGGAGCACUUUUUGCCUCUUGGCAACAUUAACCCACCUCAGUAUUCACCUGAGCAUGAGUGGAGAUUGAACCAUGAGAUCCACAGCGCUGUCCACAAAGCAGUGCGUGACUUCGUGUCCUCGUGGUAUCGCACUCUGCUGCCCGAGGUGGAGGGCGAGUUUGAGCGUGCGGUGCGUAAUUCGAUGCUGGAGUCAGUGAUGGAACUGAAGGAGCGUGCCCGGCGAGUGGACAGAAAAGCCAUGGUUCAGCGGUUGCUGGAGGUGUACGGGGGUCACCUGCAGAACUAUAUGACAGUAAGACAGAUACAGUCAACACAAAAGGGAAGCAUGAGCCUCUGGCAGCUCUACAGUGAGGUAGACACCCCUCAUCCAGCUGUGAGCAGCAAAGCUGCUGAGCUCAGCUACUCCAGAGCUCUAGUUCACCUUAUACUACAUGUGCUGGUUCCAUACCCACAGAUGGAAACCAGGACAGGAGGUUACAUGGUUACAGAACUUAUUACCUGCAACGUGCUGCUACCACUCAUAAGCAGGAUAUCUGAUCCUGACUGGCUCAACCAGACCAUUGUAGACAUACUUACCAGAUGCAGAGAACCACAGCAGGAAAUCAACGUGGAUGACCUCCCAGUAGAUCCCCUAUACAAAUGUCAGAUCGACCAGGAGUCCUGGGCCACCUGCAAGUCACUGUCUUCUUCCGAUCAAGCUGGUCUCGCCAGCAAAAGCACCUCUGACCUUGAUGACCUGAAUGAGAGCCGGAGCACGAUCCAUGAGAGGGAGUCCUCACUGAGCAGCAUGGUUAGCUUGGCGUCAGCUGGGAAAUUUCAAAGCUGUCGCCCAGGUCUGCUCACACCAUACAAAGUGAACUGCUGUCCGCUCACAUCUGCCCACCACUCCAACUCGUCAGAGUCCAAAAUAAUUUCACUGGACUCGCUAACUCAGGCUGACUCUGAUGAUGAUCUGAAAGGAGGCUUUUGCGAGUGUGGUCCUUCAAACAACUUCUGCAGCAUGCUCACUUCAAAAGAUGAUGAAGCCUAUGGAUGCUUUGGUCCUCUGAGAAAUCUAGGACAGAAGGUGGUGGUGCCGGUGGACUCCCAGUGGCCGGCAGGCAUAGCUCAAGAGAAAUCUCCAGGUUGCCCUAGAAGAAAGCUCUGUUUACCCUCUUAUAGCUUGGAUUCCCCCAACAACGCAGCGGCACCUGUGAACAUCCAGAAUGUCAGAAUUGGUGGCACCAUCACCGCAAAAGAGCAGCGUGGCACCGGCACACAUCCCUAUAUUCUUUACACUGUAAAGUUUGAGACACCGACCAGUGACGGCAGUGCCACUCCACAGCCUGCUGCCUGUCACGCCGUCAAUCGCAGAUACAGCGAGUUCCUCAACUUGCAGACACGUUUAGAGGAGAAGCCCGAAAUGAAGAAAUUAAUCAAGAAUGUCAAGGGCCCAAAGAGGAUUUUCCCUGAUCUCUCAUUCAGCAGUCCAGACGGUGAGAAGGUUGAAGUGCGUAAAAGCCAGCUGGAUGCCUUCCUAAAACAAUUAAGCAGCAUUCCUGAGAUAGCCAACAACGAAGACAUGCAGGAGUUCCUUGAUCUCAAUUCAGGUGUCUGUGCAUAUUUUGGAAGAAAACCUUUUGCCAAGUCAAGAAUUGAUAAGAUGAUGGAAAAUGCUUUGGACACUUUGAAGACAGCUUUCCCACAUCCAGAGCCCCUCAGCCCAACAGAGGACAUCGACGGAGAUCCUGAUGGAAGAACAAUGGACAACAGAAAAUACAGGAGGCUUUUCCCAAGCAAAAUCUCCCCAGCAUUCAAUAUACCCAACAUUCCUGAUCUACAUCCUAAAGUGACAUACUGCUUCAGUGAAGGUAGCACUGUCCUCACUGGCAUGUCACUGUCCCACCUUGAGAAUUUUGUUGGUGAGCAGGAAAGACUGUUAUGCGGACAGAAUGGGAAAGAGACCAAGCAGAGGUGUGAGCAAGAUGUGAAGAAGACUUCAGGGAAAACUCACGGCACAGACACAGCUGUGGCAGAUGUCGCUUUGAACAUCUUGUGUCUGCUGAUGAAGGAUCAGUGGAGUUGGCUGUGCACUGAGAACAUCCAGAAGGCCAUCCGACUGCUCUUCGGGACUUUCAUCGAGAGAUGGUUGGAUGUAGGUGUCGCCCACCUUACCAGUGCUCCUUGCUGGGUGAUUUACCUACAAGUGCUGCAGGAAGCUGUGUGGCCCGGUGGCACUCUGCCUGCACAACCACAGCCUGAGCGAAGUGCUGCACAAAAGGAGAAAACAAAGGAGCAAUGUUUGGACUGCCUGAUGCAGCUGCUCCCAGAGCUCAUCACUGACAUGCUGGGUAAUGAGAAGUACAGACUGAGUUUGGAGACUAUGCUGGAGUCUUUGCAGGACCACCAGAUAAACAAGCAUCUGCUUUACUGCAUCUGUGACCUGCUGCUGGAAUUUUUGAUCCCCGAGUUGUGUGAUAAGAACUUCCAGCAUUCUCUACUACAGAGCCUGACCAAAGACACAUAUUGAGACAACAAUGAUUGUCAUGAUGAUUUACAAAAAUGUGCCUGCUGAAGCCCAGAAUUGAUCACCAGACAGACUCGGGUCUUAAUAACAGUCACAACUCUCAGCAGCUUGUCUGAUAGAUAAAUGGAAUACACAGGUAAACAAAUAUCUGUCAUUCAGUUGUGGCGAGCACAGUGUACUUUGCUGUGGUCUGUGUGGGAGCAGCAUCAGAGCUGGGAACAACAACAGACUGAAGAAACUGAUUAGGAAGGCUGGCUCUGUGAGCCAGCUAUCACCCUCUAUAACAUUGUAUAUCUGUCUGACAAAUGAUUGUCUGCCAGAUAAUAUUUGUUUAAUUCCUAUCAUUAUUUCAUGAUCAUUUCAACUUCCCAUGUGUGUGAUAGACUUAGGAUUUCUCAUCUUAUCUCAUUAUCAUAAAACAAGCUUUAGCUUCCAUUUCACCUUAUAGAAAGUUUGCAUCCAAGUAAAAUAUAAUGUAUUUGUCCUCUGCCUCCAUUUGUUUACUUUUCAAGUUAAAUCUGUUAACGUUUCAGAAAGUGUCCGACAUUAUCCAAAACCUACUCUUUUGCCCCAUUUUUAGUCUUUUGGAGAGUGAUAAGAUGAUUAGGUGAUGCCUCGUUGGUGGACGCAGUUCAUGGAGAUGCAGCUUGCCAUAUACUUGUGCAGGAUGUGACAUAUUCAUAAAAGCUUGUAGUCAAUGGAGUCCAUAGGGUGAUGGCGCAACAAAGCGGCAUCAACCACGCAGAUUAAUGAGAAAAAGGAGUGAUCCUGGCUUCAUAUUUAUAUCAUCACGCAAACUGACGUCUGGUUAACAUGUCACCCAGUUAAACUAAUUUUUUUUGGCUCUUGGGCUCUGUUGCAGACAACAUAUGAUGUUGUUUAAUAUGCUUAACAAAUACACAGUUAUUCGCUGUGUAAAACACAUGCACUGUUACUGUUGUCUUUAUUCUUGAUGCAUUUGUUUAUUCUGAUAUGGUUGCAAAUCGUGCACAUUCCUACUUUGGAGCCUGGUAAGUUCACAGCUGGCAUGAGUGCAUAUGUUCAUGAUAGCUACCUGAAGUAUGAUGAUUCGACAGAUGUAGAACUCGACAGAUUGCCGGGGCUUGAAAGGAAAUUAAGGAGGCUCUUCCAGGAUUUUAUAUAAAGUUUUAUUCUGUCUUUUGUCGCCCUUUAUCUAAUGAUUGCUACAGGUCUCACUGUGCUUCCCAGUGCAAUUAGUGCCUUCAGCUGAGCCCUCUCACAUCUCUGAGUGAUAUCAGCAGUGUGAAGGAGGUGCUCAGAUGAAAGCUAGGAACUUCAGACAGGUGUACUGACUGAAUCAAUAAAUGUUUGAAGUUGAGAGCACUGUUGGGGAAUCCCCCUGUCUUCAACACAAAGAGUGAACUUGUGGGAUUUUAGCAGUCAUAAAGAUGAUUUUGUGCUAGUUGAUGUUUUCUUUGAUUACUCCUCUGUGUCAGGUCACUUAUUCAUAUAAUCCAGCUCUUCUCACACAUUCUUUCACUGUACAAACACUAUUUGUGUGAAAGGAGUUAAAGAUCGACUGAUAUUUCGUCGAUAAGUAUUGUGUUUUAGUUUUCCCAUGAUCUUUUGAUCCGGAGAGCAGUUAAAAAAAUACCAGUUUCUUCACAGCCAAAAUCCCUGAUGAGGGAUAAAUUAACUGCAUGAUUUACAAAACCACUUUAUGUUUUGCUUGAAUGGUAAAUUGAAAAAAAAGUAAGGAAAAAAAUCACCACUUUUUAUAAAGUGCUUCCAUGUGGCAACAUAAUUUUAUUAAAUAUUUAAAAAGAAAAUUCUGCAAUUUUUCAAUAUUUCAUUGAGGGAAAAAAAAUCUGCAUCACUUGGUAUCUGCAUGCACUCUGUACUUGAACUGAAAGCUUUAUUAUCCGUGUUAAGCACGACAGAAACAGGGACACUGGUGGUUGGUACUCGGACAACUGUCAAGCAUCCUUACAUAGUCAGCAAGCCAGCCUAUUGCAAACAAUCUCUGAAAUGCUGAAAUAAUUACAAUCAGUUCAAAGAGGGUGUUCGUCUGUAAAAAGAAAAAAAAAUCUGGCAGUUCUGUCAUGGUGAUUGAAAAAGUCUCAAAAAUGCGUGCUCUUCCCUGCUCUGCAAUUAUCUCUUCCAAUGUAAAACACUUUUCUACCAAUUUAUUGUGUUUCCAGCUCUGUUUCUGUUUUAGAAGUGCUUUGUGGUGGAAAUCCGAGAUGAAAAACCAUAUACGUGUACGAGUACAAUUCUGUGGAAUAAUCCUGUAACACACGCAAGCUUUAUAAAGCUCUCAGACCACAGUGUGAGCAAAAGUUGUAUAUUGGAUGCGCUCAGAUCCAACAACAGGGGAGUUGUUCACAUAUGCUCACAUAUAAACUGUCAGUCGUCAGGGUGUAAAUCCACUCCUAUUGUUUCCACUUGCUGGUCAGCAGGACUUCAUAAAGUUAAUGUUAGGAACAUUUAGCACAUCUCACUUCCUUUCUUAUGAGAUCAUGGUCUGAUACUGGUGGGGCCCCACCUCCUGUCUCAUGCUUUGGGACUUGCUUGUGACUGGAAACCAGGGGGGAUUAAAUGCUUAAACUGCACUGCUGGUGGCCACAUAUGAGUGGGAACAGCUGUAUUUUAACCACAAAAUGCUUAGUGCAACAAUUAUACACGGAAGUUCACAACUUAGAUCCAUUACAGGAAUUGCUGAAUCAUUCCAAAUAAGCAUUAUUAUUCAUUUAAAGUAUAUUGUAAAAUAUUGUGAUUUAUCUGAUAAAAGUCAUCCCCCCACCCUUAGAGUUUUUUAAUUGUUAGUGAAAACAGUGAAAUUUGUUGUGCACGGUUGUAGGGCUUCCUCGGGGUGACUGGUAUAAUCUUCAUUGGAUGUUCAUCAGGUCAAUUUGUCCAAUGCUUUGGUUUAUGACUAUCCUCCAAAAUGAAACUGUGGGGAACAUGGCAAGUGAAGGCCAGUAUGCUCUGAUCCAACAGAUGAGUUACUGUUACACAAAUUCCUGAAAAAUUUCAUGCUGGUUGUGGUAGCAGUUAUCAGAAUACACACUGCACUUUUCAUUGAAGUUUUUUGGGUAUGAGGCUGCAUAGGAACCAGUCAGGGAUCUGGACCACAGAGAAAUGGAAGUUCUACUGGAAAAGCUUGGGUCCUGCCAUUCACGUGGAUGUUGCUUUGACACAUACCAUCAACCAAAACAUUAUUAGAGACCAUGUACAUCCUUUCAUAGAAGCUGUAUUCCCCUUCAGCUGUGGCCUCUUUCAGCAGGAUCAAUAUGCCCUGUCACAAAGACACAAGAAGCACAACAAAUUUGAAGUGUUGACCAAAUUCUACAGCUCUCAAUCCAAUCAAAUAUCUGGGGAAUGUGGGGAACAAGCAAGUCCAAUUCAUGGAGGCCCCACAACUUACAGGACUUACAGGAUCUGUUACUAACUUCUUAGUGCCAGAUACCACAGCACACGUUCAGGGUCUAGUGAAGUCCAUGCCUCAAUGUGUCAGGCUUGUUUUGAUAGCAAAAGAGGGACUGCCACAAUAUUAGGCACGUGGUCAUAAUGUUAUGAUCAGUGUUUGAUCGAAAAUGUUGUGCAGGAUGUCUGUUUUGGCACACUUUAGGCUCAUUAGAACCAACUGAGUACAACUUGAAUACCACAGCCUACCUGAGUAUUGUUGCUGACCAUGUCCAUCCCUUUAAACCACAGUGGUCAAUGUCACAAAUUUCAAAUAAUCUCAAAAUAGUUUCUUGAACAUGACAUUGAGUUCAGUGUGCUCGAGUUGUGUCCACAGUCACCAGAUCUCAAUCCAAUAGAGCACCGUUAGGUAGUGGUGGAGCAGACGAUUAACACCAUGCAUGUGCAGCAGCGUGAUAGUAUCUUGUCAAUAUGGACCAAAAGGAAUGUUUCCAGGACCUUGUUGAAUCUAUGCCAUGAAAAAUUAACAUAGUUCUGAAGGCAAAAUGAGGUAGAAGCUGGUACCAGCAAGGUGUACCUAAGAAAGAAGCUGUGAGUUUCAUAUCUGUAACACGAUGAUAAUGACGAUGUAUUAAAUUAGCUUCAUUAUAAUUCACCAUGGUCCCAAAUAACAGAUGUUCUUUAUGAGUUUGCAAUAGUUGUGACAUGAGGCAUGACCAACCGCAGCUAAGAAAGUGUUAGAAAAGCCCAGCACCUGCUGAAGCAUCAUGAACUGUCUCAGUUUUACAGUGGAAUUUCAGUGUUGUAAUGAUUAAUGUACAGUCUCAUGGACAUUUGUGCAAACAUUCCACAUGUUGUGAUUAUUCACAGCAAGUGAACACAACCAGCUAACAAAUGUGUUUCCUGACCUUUAAGCUAAAUCUUUGUUUUCAAACUCAAUCUGUAAUUAAAAUCAGCAUUCUUGUGAAAUCUUUGUACAUCACUCCUUUUGCCAUUUUCCCGUACAUCCAAUGACGUAAGAAUACGUCUUGUAUGACACAGAAUUUAAUCUUUUGGCGUGAGCAAGCCUAACUGCUGAUUGUAGUACGUGACCUUGCAAUGAAGCCAAUCUGGUUCCUGUUAGUGGUGUGUCCUCUGCUGCACAGUGCAGAUGUGCAGUGAAGCCUUUAAGGAACUCUUACACCCCACACCCUGCCCUACUUCCAUCUACUUAGACUACAAAAAAAAUCUGUUUUCUCGAAAAGAAUUGCAUUUGCUAUAUGACUUUAUCCAGUAGCAAUUCUACUGCCUGUACUCCACCCCUUUUUUAGUUUAUUUGACUAUUUGACCAGUAGAAGGAAAGAGGUUGCAUGGAAGCGGUCAUAGUGGUAGGCAACAAUGCUGUGAAUGUAUUUCUGAGAUUAUAAACUUAAAACAGGCUAAAAAGGAGAAAUAUGAUACAAUGGAUAAGGGAAAAGUGAAAAGGGUGAUGUUGACCUCAUAGUGACCCCAACUUGAAACAACUGUAUGAGUCAAA